GCACAAACCCCUAUUUGUUUGGUCGGGGAGGACGAUUGCGCCCAAAGGGGAGGGAAGAAAAGCGGGUUGUCCGCGGAGCCGAUCGCGAGAGGGGGGCGCGCCGCCUGACCCCGGUGCCGGCGGCUGGGAUACGGUGGAGCGGGGUCGAUGGGGAACUCGCUGGGCUGCUCGGCGUCAGGGGAGCGGCUGGUGUCGGCCGCGAGGGACGGCGACCUGGUGGAGGCGCGGAUGCUUCUGGAGUUCAAUCCCAGCCUCGCCAAGUACUCCACGUUCCGCGGCCUCAACUCCCCCCUCCACUUCGCCGCUGCCAAGGGCCACAACGAGAUCGUCACGCUGCUGCUGGAGAACGGGGCCGACGUGAAUCUGAGAAACUAUUGCGGCCAAACAGCGUUGAUGCAAGCGUGCCGCUACGGACACUGGGAGGUGGUGCAGACUUUGCUCAUCUUCAGAAGCGUUGUGACAAGAGUGGACUAUUUGAGCGGUAGGACGGCGCUGCACUUUGCAGCCGUGGGGGGACAUGUGCGGUGCAUUAGGCUGUUGGUUGCAGAUUUCAUUCCGAGUGCUCCCUAUGAAGUGAUUGGUGGUGCGGGCAGCGAAAGCAGCUCGGAUUCUUCUUUGGACCGAAAACACGAUCAUGCGCUGACAAAGUUUAUAAACAAGCCUGCUGAUGGAGGUAUCACGGCUCUGCACAUGGCAGCCCUGAAUGGCUAUUUCGAUUGUGUGCAACUCUUACUCGAUUUAGGUGCCAAUGUCUCAGCAGUUACAUUUCAAUAUGGCACGUCUGCAAACUUGAUAGGAGCUGGAAGCACUCCUUUGCAUUAUGCAGCUUGUGGAGGGAAUUUGAAAUGUUGCCAGAUGCUUCUUGCCAGAGGUGCCAGCAGGUUGACAUUGAACUGCAACGGAUGGCUUCCAUAUGAUGUCGCAAGGAUAUGGCGACGUCGUUGCUUGGAGUCAUUACUGAAUCCCAAUUCUGAAUUGUCUUUACCUGUGUUUCCACUCUCAAAUUAUCUUUCCUUGCCACUUAUGAGCAUACUGAACAUAGCAAGGGAGUCUGGGUUACAGUCUUUAAUUGCCGUUGAUGAUAUUGAUCUCUGUGCUGUAUGCCUUGAAAGAGCCUGCAGUGUUGCUUCAGAAGGCUGUGGCCAUGAGCUCUGCAUACAGUGCGCACUCUAUCUUUGCUCGACAAGCAACACUCCAUCCGAAAUUGUGGGCCCACCUGGUUCAAUUCCAUGCCCUUUCUGCCGGCAUGGCAUAGUCUCUUUCGUCAAACUGCCCAGUACCCCUGCGAAAGGCUUCAAACCCAACCUAGCACUCAGCCUCUGCAACCCCUGCAUUCUACACCCUCGUGCUCUUGAUGUUCCUGUGGCGUGCAGAUCGGAGGUCCGCAGGAAUCGGGUGGCUGCUGUAUCGUCAGAGAUCAUCUGCCCUCUUACUUGCGCCCCAUUUACCUCGGGUGUCAUCCCCUCCUGCAACUGCGAUGACGACCCGUGCCCAUCGAAUGGAUCCCAGGGAGAAGUUCAAGCACAGUCGGCCCACUCUUCGCAUAUCACCUCAGAUGAGCUGGAAAAAAUGGAAGAGCAAAGGGCUGAUGCGAGCUGCUCAGGUAUGUUCUGGGGUCGAAGAAGCUGCCACCGAGAGCAUCAGUGCAAUUCGGAGAUCAAUGCCUGAGUUCUGCUUGCGAAUGUUUCAUCUAUCAGGUGGUACUAGUGGGAGAGAUGGCUAGCGGUGGGUGGGUUGGCUGGCUUCUCAACUGGAUUUUGCUCAUCCAUAUCAAACGACGGGGCUGAGUCUCUUGUAGUUAACGUGUACAUUGUUGUAUCGAUUCCACGGUUGCAAGAGUUCCUUAUACAGUUAUGUAAAAGUUCCCUAUCAAUGUCAUACAUUUGUGUGUACUA